UGGCACUGCUGCCCUGAAGGAUGUGUUUGUGCACUUAUGGUGUGUUAUGCGCACAUAAUCAUCAUCAUUUGAAUCAGGUUGCCAUAAUUAAUCAUUUGGAAACAAGGUAGGCAUAAUUGUCUGACCAUUCCAGUUGAUUCGGAAAUUGUGUGUCCCCUAACCUUGUGUUACAACUGUCCCAUUAAGUAUGGGUGUGUUUUGAGUGUCAUUUGUGUAGAGGGUGUGCCUCUGUAGUCAUAAUAGUGAGUGAGUCAUUAUAGUGUUCUGACCAGGUGAAUUCUGGGCUUUCACUUUGACCCCACCCAGUGCAGAGAGUGAUAUGUUUUGAUUUGUUUUGUUAAUGGAUGUUCCCUUCUGUAAUGAUGCGUCAUGCCAUCCAACAAGCUACAGAGAGAGAGUGGAUCUGUCCGUCAGGCCGAGACACCACGUCUUGCCUGGGAACCAGUUUGUCAGCUUUAGUAGUCAAUAUUCCUGCUGACAGGAGGGUUGAGGCAAACAGUCCUUGGAGCUCCCGGGGAGAGGGAGCAAACACACUCUUAUCAGUCCCAGUGUGUUAAAUUCCUUUCUUAGCGGGACAGGGCGAUACCUGCACAGCUUUUGCAGUGGGCGCCAAGAGCAACAACAAUCCUAUGGAAUCACAGGUGUCAAUGUUGACGUUGCUGUGACACCGAUAUAGGAAUAUUCAACUAUCAUGACUAGGCACCAGAGAUCUAAGAGCUUCUCCGACAGCCUUCUGCUGGCAGAUGAUGGCAAUGGGGGUGUGGUUGUCUCUGGCAUCAGAGGUGAUGCCAUGACCAAUCAAGGACUGAAAAAAGGAGAUGAAAUAGUUGGUGCCACCAUCAGCUUUGAUGACUUAAAAAAAGAUGAGAUCCUGGAUAUACUGAAGCUAAUUGAGCCAUAUAAUGACAAGAUUCAAGUUCUUACAAAACAAGAUUUGAAACCCAGCAAAAGUAUGGGGAACUUGGAUCUUGAAACUGUCAAGACUCCAGAUGAGAUGCUGAGGAAUUCAUACAACACAUUUUUCAACGCAAAAGUGAAGAAAUUCCUGAAGGACAAUCCAUCUUCAGGAGCCAUGCCGGGGAAUGUAUCUCCACAUGAAAACCCAGAGGAGUUGAAACCUGAGAAGGAAAGGGAUGCUACGUCUGUUGACCUAAACAUGGACUUGCCUUCUCUCAACGGUAAACCAAAAGUUGAUGUCACAGACUUUCUGAAAGCAGCAAAACAGAGACAAAAGGGCAAUGUGCCAACUACAGAUGUCAAGGGUCUAGACUCCUCUGACACUCCAAAGCCCAUUGAGAGUACCACAGAAACAGCAGAAAAUUGCUUGAGUGCAGAGGUUGCUUUACCUCAAGUGGACAUAAAAGCACCUGAUGAAAUGAGUGGAGGUACUGAGUUGCCUGUAGUAGAUGUUGUUGCAAAGAGUCCAGAUAUAUCUGAAGUAGACCCUUCAGGUUUAAUGCCUACAGCACCUGACCACAACAUUUGCGUAGGUGUAGACAUGGCAGAGCCCAAUGCAAACGUCAAAACUGACACCGAUAUCAGUGCAUCUCCUCCAGUCGUUUUAAGGGGAAAAGAUCAUGUGCAAUCCACACUUGAUGUCAGUCUCCCAGUUCUCCACGCUGAAAGUCCAGAGACAACAGUUAAGUUGACUGAUGACAUGCAAGUUCCAAGUUCAACUAUAGAAAUAGAUGUUCUGCCUUCAGACACUAAUCCCCCAGAAGUUGAAUUCACACCACCUAAUACCGACAUUCAUAUCCCUUCAAAAAACAAAACCAAGUCAUCUAAGAGGAAGUCAAAAAGCAGGCAUCUGCUCUGGACGCUGGUGGAGGAGUAA